CUCGACGGGUGAGGAGCCGCGGAGCGAUCGGCUUCUGGAGCCCUGUGCGCGUGCGCAGCGAACAGCUGUCAUCUAGUGCGGAACAAGUCUGCCGAAUUUCCCAAAUCUCCCUGGGCCAGAGGCCACUGUCUUCCUUUCCAUCCUCCUCCUCUGGAUCGUGUCUUCGCCCCCACCUGCGCGGCAGGAGUCAGGGUCUUACUCUGGCUCAGGCAAGUCUGGAACUCCUGCGCUCAAGCAAUUCUCCCUUCUCAGCCUCCCACAGUGUUGGGAUUACAGACACUGCCCCAGCUGUCAUGGAGGUGGCCCAGGCGGAGAGCCCUCUGAACCCUAGCUGUAAGAUAAUGACCUUCAGACCCUCCAUGGAGGAGUUCCGGGAGUUCAACAAAUACCUUGCAUACAUGGAGUCUAAAGGAGCCCAUAGAGCGGGACUUGCAAAGGUGAUUCCUCCUAAAGAGUGGAAGCCAAGGCAGUGCUACGAUGACAUUGAUAAUUUGCUUAUUCCAGCACCGAUUCAGCAGAUGGUCACAGGGCAGUCUGGACUGUUCACUCAGUACAACAUCCAGAAAAAAGCCAUGACCGUGAAGGAGUUCAGGCAGCUGGCCAAUAGUGGCAAAUAUUGUACUCCGAGAUACUUGGAUUAUGAAGAUUUGGAGCGCAAGUACUGGAAGAAUUUAACUUUUGUGGCACCUAUCUAUGGUGCAGAUAUUAAUGGGAGUAUAUAUGAUGAGGGUGUGGAUGAAUGGAACAUAGCUCGCCUAAAUACAAUCUUGGAUGUGGUUGAAGAAGAGUGCGGUAUUUCUAUUGAGGGUGUAAAUACCCCUUAUCUCUAUUUUGGCAUGUGGAAAACCACAUUUGCGUGGCACACUGAGGACAUGGACCUCUACAGCAUCAAUUAUCUCCACUUCGGAGAGCCCAAGUCUUGGUAUGCUAUACCCCCGGAGCAUGGAAAACGACUUGAAAGACUGGCUCAAGGUUUUUUCCCAAGCAGCUCCCAAGGGUGUGAUGCAUUUCUUCGCCACAAGAUGACACUGAUUUCUCCAUCAGUAUUGAAGAAGUAUGGUAUUCCCUUUGACAAGAUCACACAGGAGGCUGGUGAAUUUAUGAUCACUUUCCCAUAUGGCUACCAUGCUGGUUUUAAUCAUGGUUUCAACUGUGCAGAAUCUACAAAUUUUGCUACUGUCAGAUGGAUUGACUAUGGAAAAGUUGCUAAAUUGUGCACUUGCAGAAAAGACAUGGUGAAAAUUUCCAUGGAUAUCUUUGUGAGGAAAUUUCAGCCAGACAGAUACCAGCUUUGGAAACAAGGAAAGGAUAUAUACACUAUUGAUCACAUGAAGCCCACUCCAGAAUCUACCCCUGAAGUGAAAGCAUGGCUCCAGAGAAGGCGGAAAGUAAGAAAAGCAUCUAAAAGCUUCCAGUGCAAUAAGUCUCACUCUAAAAGGCCCAGGGCUGAGGAGGAUGAGGAAGAGUCAGCUGAAGUCGAUGGGGCAGAGGUCCCUAACCCCAAUUCAGGCAUUGAUGACCUCAAGGUCAGGGAAAAGCCAGAAGCAGCAAUGAAGCUGGGGAACCCAGGAGAAGAGACCCCCGCUGGCAGCAUGCAGCUGCAUCAGAAUUUAUCAGAUACUAUCAAGUUCUCAGAAAACAGCUACUUAACUACAUCAAUAAAAGAAGAAAUAAAAACUGAGAAUGACAAAGCCUGUGCCACAAGUGCACCUUCUAAAGCCAAUGAUGCCAUACCAUUAUCUAGUGGCCAUGUGAAGUUCGAAGAAUCAGACCCACCCAGACUUUCAUGGCUAAAGUCACCUGAGUCAUCUUCCUCAGUGGCAGAGAAUAAUGGUGUGUUAACAGAGGAAGAAGAGAGUGAUGUGGAGAGCCAGGGGAGUGGCCUUGAACGUGGGGAAAUCCCAGUGAUCCCCAGUGGAGAGAGAAAUGUCUUCAAAGUCCCCACAAUAACAGAGGGAGAGACCAAGACCUCUAAGAGUUGGCGCCAUCCACUUAGUAAGCCUCCAGCGCGAUCCCCAAUGACUCUGGUGAAGCAGCAGGCAGCAAGCGAUGAAGAAUUGCCUGAGGUUCCAUCGAUUGAGGAGGAAGUGGAAGAAACAGAGUCUUGGGCGAAGCCGCUUAUCCACCUUUGGCAGACAAGGUCCCCUAACUUUGUGGCUGAACAAGAGUAUAAUGCAGCUGUGGCGAAGAUGGAGCCAUACUGUGCCAUCUGCACUCUGCUCAUGCCAUACUACAAGCCAGAUAGCAGCAACGAAGAAAAUGAUGCUAGAUGGGAGACCAAAUUAGACGAAGUGGUUACGCCGGGGGAAAAGACCAAGCCCCUCAUUCCAGAGAUGUGUUUUAUUUAUAGUGAAGAAAAUAUAGAAUAUUCUCCACCCAGCGCUUUGCUAGAAGAGGAUGGAACUAGUCUUCUGAUUUCUUGUGCAAAAUGCUGUGUUCGGGUUCAUGCAAGUUGUUAUGGUAUCCCUUCUCAUGAGAUCUGUGAUGGAUGGCUCUGUGCCCGGUGUAAAAGAAAUGCAUGGACAGCAGAAUGCUGUCUCUGCAAUUUGAGAGGAGGUGCUCUUAAGCAAACUGAGAACAAUAAGUGGGCCCAUGUCAUGUGCGCCGUUGCGGUCCCAGAAGUGCGAUUCACUAAUGUCCCUGAAAGGACACAAAUAGAUGUAGGCAGAAUACCUUUACAGAGGUUAAAAUUGAAAUGCAUCUUCUGCAGACACCGGGUUAAGAGGGUCUCUGGAGCCUGCAUCCAGUGUUCCUACGGGCGCUGCCCAGCCUCCUUCCAUGUUACAUGUGCCCAUGCCGCGGGGGUGCUGAUGGAGCCUGACGACUGGCCAUACGUGGUGAACAUCACAUGCUUUCGACAUAAGGUCAACCCAAAUGUGAAUCAGCACAGACCAGCAACAGCCCACGGCUUGUCCACAUCUCUCAAGAAAAUGCCCAAGAAUCUGGACUCCAUGGGGGACAGGCUUCCAGACCUCGGGAAGUCCAAGGCCUGUGAGAGGACCCUGUCUGUGGGCCAGACAGUCAUUACAAAGCAUCGGAACACCCGGUAUUACAGCUGCAGAGUGAUGGGUGUGACAUCACAAACCUUCUAUGAGGUCAUGUUUGAUGAUGGCUCCUUCAGCAAAGACACAUUUCCUGAGGAUAUCGUGAGCCGAGACUGUGUGAAGCUGGGCCCUCCUGCCGAAGGAGAAGUUGUUCAAGUCAAAUGGCCUGAUGGCAAACUCUACGGGGCAAAAUAUUUUGGAUCAAAUGUUGCUCACAUGUACCAGGUUGAAUUUGAAGAUGGGUCCCAGAUAGCAAUGAAGAGAGAAGACAUCUACACCUUAGAUGAAGAGUUACCCAAGAGAGUGAAAGCUCGGUUUUCCACAGCCUCUGAUAUGCGAUUUGAAGACACAUUUUAUGGAGCAGACAUAAUCCAAGGGGAGAGAAAAAGGCAAAGAGUCCUGAGCUCCAGGUUUAAGAAUGAAUAUGUGGAUGACCCUGUGUACCGCACUUUUUUGAAGAGCUCCUUCCAGAAGAAGUGUCAGAAGAGACAGUAGUCUGUAUAUACAUUGCUGCAGGCAAUGGAUCAGCUUGGGUUGGAAGAGAGAAGAUGAAGGGACAGCCUUAGUGCUGUGCUCUGGUUUCACUGGGGUAGGUGACACAUUGUGUCUCUGACAGUGGUGAAUCAAGCUUCCAGAGUUUGGUCACCAAAAGUACAAAAUACACAUAUUAUUAAUUGGAUGCCACAAUCUGAAGUCAUCCCCUAGUCUUACUUUCACUUGUCAGCAAUUAUCUUCUGUGAUUCCAAAGAACUUUUCUAAGUGAAAGGUAACACUAGCGAAUCAUCCCCCUAGAAAAAGCCACUGCCAGAAAGGACGAGGGUCCUCAUGUGUGGCUUCUGCCCCCGGUUAGGAAACAUGCAGAGACUUCUCUCCCCCAGCUCCAGCAGGUCGGAGCCUCGUUGCCCAGGUGGGAGGGUGAUAAUUUCUAUAUUUUCCACAGUCAGAGAAGUCCUCUCACUUACUUGUUUUCAAUGGCAGUUUUUAUAAAACAUUUUUUAAAACACAAAUGGCAUGUAUGGUAAUGAGAUUUACCCGUGUGCUAUCUAUAUUUCCCUUGUACAGAACUUUUACAUUUUUUUAUAUUCCUAUUGCUUUUGAUUGUGUGUGACGAGAACUGAGUUGUUGGCCUUUCUGAAAUGAAAUUUUUGGCUCCUGAGGAAGAAUUCUUAUGAAUUGUAUGGGAAUUUUAUAUAUUUAAAAGAAGGAGAUCUGGGCUGUUAUUUUUAAACACUUUUUUUUCAUAAUACAUAUUCUGAGUAGAUAUUUAUAAAAUAUAUAUUUCUUUCAUUAUUGUAAAAUUAGAGUUUAAAUAAAUAUGCUUUGAUGCAUAGUUUUGAACUAAUGUAACAUGAUUUUUCCUUUUUAAAACAGCCUGAAAAUGUACUAGUGUUUAAAAAUAAAGAUUUCCAUUUUCUCCA